AAAAAAAAAAGAGCUUGUGUGUGGGUUAGCGGAGGUGGCUUAGAAAUAAUUUUCUUCUUAAAAAAAAUAAUUUCCUUUUUCACUUUAAUAUGUCGAGGCUUAUGCGCGAAAUCUCGAUCCCACCCGUCGACGUUUGGCUCCCUGCUCUGCCGCCAAGAAACCCUAAACCCUAGCCAUGGCAAAGAACAGGAACAAGAAGAAGAACAGCCAGAAGAAGAACGGCCCCGUCUCCAUGGAUAUCUCUGCAGAGAACUCCAUAGAUGCUCCUCAAGCAAUGGACACAACGGAAGGGAAACCCUCAAAUCCAGCUCUUGGUGCCACCGAUAGAAAGAUCAAGAAAACAGUGCCAGUGAAAAGAUCCAAAAACCUCCGGAAGCUAAAAGGCAUUUCUAGAGCCAUCACAAACAGUGAAAAAUAUGACGAGAAGCUCUCCAAAAACAAAAACAAGAUGGUCAGAGUCCAAUCUGCCAAGUUGUUAUAUGACUAAUGUUGACUGCUUGUUGCAAGAUAUAUUCCAGUGAUGGCCAUUUUAUUAGGACAGAAAGUUUAACGACUUUUUAAAUGAGUACUUUAUGUCAUUUGCCGAGACUUUUGGCAAAGAGAGCCUCUAGUCAUAGCCACACGAAGUUUACCAUUCUUCGUUGUUGCUAGUUUGAUGGUAGUUCAUAUUAUAACAAAUAUGUACUUAAUUGUGGUGGAAAGUUUUGGGUGGCAAUUUACUGCAUAGCUAUUCACAAAUGGGUAAUUAUGAAUAUAGAUC